CUCAAGCAGAACGCAACACUGGCAGCGGUCAACGGGAGAAACAGUAGAUACAUACAUACCAAGUUCCUAAACAGAAGAAACCGACGAACGAACGAACGAAAGAAUCGCCGAUAAACGCAGGAAGCCAAACUAUGUCGUUAUUCGGUAAACGAACGGCCGAUCCCAUCCAGGGUUCACCAGCUCAAAAACCAAGUCCAUUCUCAACCCAAACCAACAACACUGGCUCACUCUUCGGAAGUUCACUAUCAACGCAAGCUCAAAAUACCCCUUCAAUCUUUGGCACUCAGAACCAAGCCUCAUCCAACCCCACUCAAGCGAGCAACCUCUUUGGAACCCCUUCAAACAACCAAUCAAACUCGCUCUUUGGACCAUCAGCGAACACGCAAUCCACCACUCCUCAAUCGAACAAUUUAUUUGGAAGCCUCUCAAACAACAACAAUAAUAAUAACAAUAGCACUCAGCCUACUACUCAAUCUAACAAUCUGUUUGGAAGCCUUUCAAACAACAAUAAUGGCAAUAAUAACAAUACGACCCAGCCUACUCCCCAAUCUAACAAUUUGUUUGGAAGCUUCUUGAACAAUAACAACAACACCAACAACAAUAAUAAUAAUAAUACUAACAAUCUAUCAACCACCGGAUUUGGUACUCAAAUCUCAUCAACACCAGCCAAUAGCUUUCUAUACAAUUCAACUAAUAAUUUGGCCCUGAAUCGCUCAGCUCCGCCUACAACCAAUAACGCGCUUUCGACCCUGCGAUCGAGUACCGCUCAAUUAGCCAGACGACCGAUCACCCUCUCCGAGCUAUCGAUCCAAGAUCGGAUCAUCAAAAUCCAUGCCAGUUGGAACGUCUCUGAUCCUCAAUGUCAAUUUCAGUUUUUCUUCUAUAAUGUCGUACCUCCUGAGCAAGUACACCUGUAUGGCAGGCCAAACCAGCUGGCGCCGGAUGAUCCGAGAUGGCAGCGCGCUAAAAGGAACAAUCCUGACCCCAGUCGAUUAGUACCUACGCUUGCCAUCGGAUUCGAAGACCUUUCAAAACGAGUAACCGUCCAACAAAAGCAGGCGCAAGUACACUUAUUGAAACUCGGAGAAAUUUCCAACAGGCUCAAUGAAAUAGCGCGUAAACAUAACUUGGAAACAUCCUCGAGAUUGCAUAAAUUGAAGACCGAGCAAGUAAAACUAAGCACUCGACUGAUGGGCUUAGUCAAUAAGUUGAACGGGAUCGUUCUACAUUCUUCAUCCUCAUCUGCCUUGGCAGCUUACCAACCACAUUCGCAACCGGGUUACCAACAUCAGCAACUGAUCAGGAACAACCACAAGGAAGAAGAGUUGAUGCAGAGAAUCAAGACCCUCAAGGCAAUUCUCGAUCAAUUUGGGGGCAAGUCUAAGAUCUCUGAGCUCUGGUCGGCGCUCCACCAGAUCAAAAACUUUGGCGGCUUUUUUGUCUCGGGUAACGGAACCGGUCCAACCGGUAAUCAGUCGGUCGUCAACCAUGGCUCCCAUCAUUCUUCGACGGGCUCAGGUGCGGCUCAUCAGCCCGGUCAUUCCGGGUUCAUUGGCGUCGGUUCCGGUGACGGCGGAGGCGGCAAAUGGUCGGUCACUGACGACAAAGAGAUCAAAAAAGUCUUAGAAAUUUUGCUUAACCAACAGAAAGGAAUCGACCAUCUGAUCCUCUUGUUGAGGAAAUGUAGGGCCGACGUGAUCCUGAUGAGACAAGCUUUCAACCUGGAAUCCAACCUGAAAUCGAUCGAAUGGUAGUCCUUCUACGCCCUAACACUCGCCCUCUUAUGUUGUAAUUAAUCAACCCUUCCUUAAUCCUAGUACAACACUCAUCUUCUCUUUUGUUUGUCUUGGGGUUUUUCUUAAGCCAACCAUUUUGUUCUUAUAAUUUUCUAAGGCGUGGAUGUCUUUUUUUACUCUUACUAUCUUGUUUCCCCUUAUUUUUUAUGUCUAGAAGAGGAAAACAAAUCUCAAAUAGAAGGAAAACACUGAAUCAACCAA